AUGUUGUUGCAGAUGAGUCACGGUGGGAGUUGCAUUGUUGCUGGAGUCUCUGCUGCUUCCAGUGUUGGCAGUAACGUUGGAGUCUUUGCUGGAGCUUCUGUUUCUGCCAUCCUUAGAGUUCCUGAUGUCGCAUCAGGCGAUUCUGGCCACUGUUCUCACCGCUCCCCAGUUGGACGUGCUCAAGGCAUUUACGCAUCUUUGGAUGGGCUCAAUUUGCAUGUCAUGAUCUCAACUGUGUUCACCAGUGAGGCCUAUAAUGGCAGCACAAUGGAGAUACAAAGUAAUAGUGAGCAAUUUCAGGCCGUUAGAGAGGUGUUCAUAUUGUCUAGGACAGGAAUGUUCAGGUAUGCAAGGGACUAUGCUACAUUCGAGACAUAUUAUUUGGAUAUUCCUGCUGGUUACUCGGUUAUUCGGUGCUGUCUUUGGGUACUUCAUUGCCAGGAAUAUCAUGGAGUAUAG